GUAUAUCUAUACUCUAUAGUUAGUACAGGUUAGAUUUCUUUCUAAGCCUCGUGGUAUAUCUGUGCGGUAUUUAAAUAUAAAAAUUUUUAAACGUCUGAGUUGUGCUCUCGUGCGAAAUUUAAAAAAAGCUUAACUGGCAAUGGCUGGAACAUUAUGCGAACGAGACGAUUCUAAAAGAAAGUCAUACAUUGAUUGGGACGAAUAUUUCAUGGCCAUUGCGUUCCUUUCUGCGAAACGGAGCAAAGAUCCCAGCACUCAGGUCGGCGCAUGUAUCGUUAACAAUGACAAAAGAAUCGUGGGCAUCGGGUACAACGGGAUGCCCAUGGGAUGCAGCGACGAUGAGUUCCCCUGGAAAAGGGGUCCCCACACUAGUUUAGACGCGAAAUAUCUUUAUGUGUGUCAUGCGGAAGUUAAUGCGGUUCUGAACAAAAAUUCAAGCAACGUUAAAGACUGUACAAUAUACGUCGCUUUAUUCCCGUGCAACCAGUGCGCGAAAGUAAUAAUACAGUCCGGCAUAAAAACCGUGAUUUACAUGUCCGACAAAUACGCUCACAAAGUCGAGACAAUUGCCGCGAAAAGAAUGUUCGAUGCUGCGGGUGUAGAAUAUAGGCAAUACAUCCCGAAGAAUCAAAAAAUAGAAAUUAAUUUCAGCGAUAUUAACUGGACUGAGAUGAACCAAUUGCCGCAAACUCCGACAAAACUGGAAGAUUAAGAAAUGAGAAUUAAAAUCAUCAUGUCGAUCACUAUUUUGUCUCGAAUGAAUAAAUUUAAUUUGAUAAUGGA